GAAUAAAGCAACCAUGGAGACUAUGCAAGGAGCAGGAACUCAAAUGGGUGAAUUGACAGAACUUGUUACAGUGUUCCUUUUGUACCAAAGUGUCGAAACGACAGUGUCAUGAUAUUUCAGGCAGCUGUUUACUUGGAGUUCGUGCUCCUCGUGUUGUCUCCAUGAAAGCACUGUGUGCGACGACUGAUAUAUAUCUUCAAUCAACGGCGUGUGCGUGAGUGGCAUUCCGUCAGUGCUUCUCAAACUCUGAUUACGCUCAGCUUAAACUUGGUUACUGCGCAUGAUGUCAAAGAUGCUGAGAGGCCAUUGUCAUCGCACUGCGGCUCACGUACCCCGCGAAAUAUACGCAACCAUGUGUUCGUACGGGUGUACGAUACGAGACGCAUCGAAACGUUUGACCCCAGCAAUUGAAAGUUUAGUGUCGCAAAUAUUGUGAGGAAAUUUUACAUCUGCAGUCUGAAAAAACAACUGCAGUGAUAAUUUGCGUGACUUCACUUGUGAUUCUUAAUUCGUAUGCAGUUUGUUUUUACCAAAUGUCAAAUUUUGUAAUAUGGCACUUUGAAAUCUGUGCAACAAUGCAGAGAAGAUUGUGAUGUGGUCUGAUUUCGAUAUUAAGUCGUAUGAAAUCAAUGACAAGAUUGUCGUUUUAAUCUGUGUCACGUAUUCUUUUGCACAAUAAUUUAUAUCCAAAAUGCCAGCUGCAGAUUUCAGUAGCAAUGAACAGGCAGUUUUUGAACGGGUCGCUGAAGUCGAUGGUCUGCCUACCAAAACGCUUCCUGAAAAUUUGGAUUCUCAAUAUGAUUUGGAUAUGUGUGUGGAAUGGAUCAACAAUAAUUCACUUGGAAAGGUAUGUCUGCAGUUCCCGGAUUCACUUUUACCAGAUUCUGUUGAGAUAGCUUUACGGUUGGAAAAGCGUUUAAACAAGAAUGUCUAUAUUUUGGGAGAUUCGUCGUACGGAAGUUGUUGCGUAGACGAAGUUACGGCACAACAUGUCAAUGCAGAUGGGAUCGUACAUUUUGGACACGCCUGUCUCAACCCUACAAGCCGAUUACCAGUCUUCCAUAUAUUGCCUAAGCAACAACUUGAUAUACGAUUAUUUGUUGCCGAGUUCAAGCAACAUUUUGAAAUGGAAGAGGAGAGGAUUUUGUUUUUCUAUGACGUGUCUUACGCGCAUCUAGCUGAAUGCAUUUAUAAUACUCUGAGAUCUACGUACAAAAAUUUUACUCUGACCAAAUUGAAUUGUUCCUCUAACACGAGGUAUACAGACUCCGGUGACGUGGACAGUGAAAUUUUUCUUGGCCGAAGUUACAAGUUGGAUGCUGGUUACAAUAUAAAUGACUACAAGGCCAUUUUUUUGGGUCCAAAUGGAAAAACCUUGAACAAUUUAGCUUUAGGAAUGGCGGUUGAAAGUUGGUACCAUUUUGAUGGUAGCAAAAUUGCUCACUUUACGGCAAGUGAUUCAAUAUGGCUUAAAAGAAGGAGAUAUCUAGUCGAAAAAUUGAAGGAUGCUCGUGUUGUCGGUAUAGUGGUGGCAACGCUCGGCAUAAAAAAUUACUUAGAAUCUAUUGCAGCAGUAAAAAACGUACUUAAACGAAAAAAUAAAAAGAGCUACAUUGUAUGCGUUGGCAAACCAAAUCCAGCAAAAUUGGCUAAUUUCCCUGAGAUAGAUGCGUUUGUGGUGAUAGCUUGUCCAGAAAACCUUGUAUACGAUUCGAGAGAUUUCUUCAAACCAAUGUUAACACCUUUCGAAGUGGAAAUAGCGUUCAACACUUCAAGAGCAUUCUCAACGCAAUAUUGCAUGGACUUUCGGCAUAUCCUUUCCACGGGGCUUAAUUAUGUACCUCUUGAAACUUCCAGUGACUCAGAUGUAUCACUAAUUUCUGGAUCUAUCAGGAAUUUAACCAACGACGAAUCUCCAGUCAAUGGCAUGGGGAAAUUGGUGUCAAAGUCAGCUGGCACUGUUGCGAUUGGAAAGGGAGGAGCUGACUAUUUACUCAACAGAAGUUGGCAAGGACUUGAACAAAAGUUAGGGCAGGAUUCUGUUAAAAUCGCAGCUAAAGGCCGUAUUGGGUUGCCAAUGGCUUAUGAAAAUGAACCUUUGAAAAAGGAAACAUGACAACGUAGUAAUCUUUUAGUGUUUCGAUAAUUAAAUAAUUUAUUCACACAUGUUAACCCGCAUGAUAAGGCAUUUGAGUGAAGUUACUCAAUUAUCCUUAAGAUCUGGCAAAUGACAAGACGAAAAAAAAAAGAAAUUCUUUAAGCUAAAGUUUUCUAAUGUACGUGUACAAAACAGAUCUCAUAAUGCAUAAUGCUAAAAAUCGUA